ACAUUACUGGGAUAGCUUCUGUAGUUUAGGUUGGGGAGUCGGGAGAAAGAAGAGGGAGACGUAUUUCCCAGACAGAAGAGCGACUCUGUGCAGGUUUUCCUCUUGAAAUCGGACUAGGCUUGCUGUGCGUAAAACGCCCUGCUUUUUAGUUGGAUUAUUUUGAUAGUUGGAAAAAACUAUCUUUUAAAAUAAUGGUCAGGUCCGAGAAUAAAAUAACACGGAUUUAUUUUCGAGACAGUGCUGUAUAUCUGUUUACUUGUGGAUGUUAAAAUGUCGCGUACACUCGGAGUGUAUAAAUGGUAUGCAACAUUUUUCCAGAAUUGGCAAAGUCACCGUAUUUUCCUAAUUUGUGUGGUUAUUUUGAGAGCUGAAGUUGGAAGUUUGGAUUAACGGUUUCUAAAUACCCGGAAUGUUUUUCAGGAAUUGCUGACUCCGUCAAUUGGUGCCUGGUUUGGAUAUUUUAGAACCUCUCUGGUGAGUUUUUCCUGUCUGCGUUUUCACCUGGCUCUCAGGUUGAUCGCAGGCUGGUGAAGUGGCGUUUGGGUUUGGCUGGUGUUCCACUGCAAAAAGUAAAGGCAUGCUUUAAAACACAGUAAUAAAGUCUUUCUCUUGCACUCAAGUUUUUUUAAAACUUUUUUUAUUUCUUAUUUAUUGAACAUAAAUGCUCUAAAGACGCACACAGGUCCCAUGUCCACUAUUGGAUAUUCUUCUCUCUUUCUGGUUGUUUAUUGUAACUAACAGUUUACAAUAAUGCGGGGAGAGUUUGUUCUGGGUCUGUCCCUGCUGUGUCUGCUAGCGUGGGCAGGACACGCCGACAAACAGGCCCACCUCAGACAGUUUCCCUUGCGCCAACGCACCAAACUCAAUACCGGGCGUCUGCAGCUCGGCGCAGCCGGCAGAGAGCGCACUGUCGGCGUGGGAGGAACCCGCCCAGGACCCGGCUCCCCCUCGGUGCCCUCCGGGAUCAGCGCCAGGCGCGACGAGGACAUGCAAGCGGACCAGGUCUCUGUUCUUCAGCCCAGGACUGGGUCUGGUCAGGGCAGGAGAGGUGGAGCGCUGGCAAGGGCAGCAGGGAGGAGGGUAGCUGGGAAGAUGGCUCCACUCCAGUCUGGCAUGUUUCAGGAUGAAGGCACUCCCGGGGCGAGGGCCAGACAGACCCGAAUGCCAAGCAGCGCAGGUUCGCCUAACCUCCUGGCGAGCUUUGCAGGGAAAAACCGAGUCCUGGUGAUUUCUGCUCCACAUGACUCAGAUGGUUACUACCGGCUGAUGAUGACACUGCUGAAGCCAGACGUGUACUGCGAGCUGGCAGAGAGGCACGUGCAACAGAUCGUGAUAUUCCACCAGGAGGGGGAGAUGGGUGGGAAGGUGAGGCGGAUCACCAGCGAGGGGAAGGUGAUGGAGGAACCUUUGGACAAAGUGCUUAUCCCCCGCCUCAUGACCUUCCUCAAACUGGAGAAAGGUAAGUUCGGUAUGGUGCUCCUGAGGAAAACACUGCAAGUGGAGGAGAGGUACCCCUAUCCAGUCAGGCUGGAGGCCAUGUACGAGGUCAUCGACCAGGCACCAAUGAGGAAGCUGGAGAAGAUCCGACAGAAGGGAUUCGUCCAGAAGUGUAAAGAGGCGGGAGUAGAGGGCCAAGUGGGUGGGGGGGGUGGAGACUCAGGGAUGGAAGUUGAAACAGGUGGACAGGUAGACCCGACCCCAGAGAGGAAGCCGCCUGCGAGGAAGCCAAUGAGGAGACCCACAACAACCACCACCAUUGCCACGAGGUCGACAACAACGAGGCUAACGACAACUUCGAUAACAACAAGACCCACGACGACCACGACAAAAGCCACCACGACAACAACGAAAGCAACAACCACACCAAAGCCCACAACAACCACAACUAAACGCCCUGUGACCACACGACAGACCACUACCACCAGAACCCAGAGACCCACAAAAGCCCAAACCACCCCUCACUGGCUGCCUGCCCCUAGGACCACGCCUGAGCCCUAUAACCGCAGAGACAAGGGGAGAGACAGGGCGAGGUACCCGCCCAAGACCACCACGUCUGGGGACAACCGAACAGACAAGGAGGGGAAGGACCACAACGGCCGUCAGCCGGCCGGAGUGAUACCCACCCAGCACAAACCCACCAAGGGCAAACCUACCAAAAGGAAGAAUGGGAAGGUGUUGAAUAAUGAGUAUGAGGAGAACUAUGAAUCAAGCCAGCCCACCGCCAGCAACCCAGAGACACAGACAGAGGUCAACACAGAGGUCAGCCCAACCAAGAGGGGCAAGGGAAAACACGACAAUACUGAGAAGAAGAAGAAAAAGAAGGGCAAACCGGAAAAGGCCACCAAGAGGGACAAGGCAGAGAGGAGAGGAGCGAAGGUGGGGAAGGAGGGAAAAAACAACGGGAAGAAGAACGGAAAGAAGGUGUUGAAGAAUCACGAGAAAGAGGAGUACCACAAACCCACCAAGAAGCCUCCGCCUCCUAAGGGUUCCCUGGCUUCCUUCCUGGACUACUUUGAGAACAGGAGACGACUUGUGAUCAUAACGGCCCCCAGUGAGGAGAGCACUAUGUAUGUGCAGCAGAGGGAUGAGUACCUGGAGACGGUGUGUGAGAUGGCCAUCAGGAAAGUCUCCAUCAUCACCAUCUUUGGCUCUGUCACCAACUCCACCAUGAAGAUAGAUCACUACCAGCUGGAGAACGACAAGCCUAUGACGGGUCUUCGUCAGGAGGACCUGGUGAACCAGGAUCUGAUCACAAAGCUCAGGAAGGAGUUUUAUAUGACAUCUAACGACUUCUACAUGGUUCUCACUGACACUGACAUGAGAGCCAAGCAAUCCUACGAGGUACCGAUCGCCAUGAAGGCUGUGUUUGAUUACAUCGACACCUUCUCCUCUCGCAUCAGAGAGAUGGAACAGCAGAAGAGAGACGGAGUGGUCUGCAAGAAGGAGGACAAACCCAGAUCACUGGAGAACUUCCUCUCCAGGUUCCGUUGGAGGCGUCGGCUGUUUGUAAUCUCCGCCCCCAACGAUGAGGAAUGGGCCUAUCAGCAGCAACUCUAUGCCCUGACCAGCCAAGCCUGCAACCUGGGCCUGAGACACAUCUCCAUCCUGAAGCUGGUUGGCAUGGAGGCAGUGGACCAGGGAGGAGUCCUAGAGCUCUAUCCAAUCAACGGCAGCGCCACGGUGGAACGUGAGGGCCUCUCGGCCGCCUUGGUCAAAGACAUCCGCAACUACUUCCAGAUCAGCCCAGAGUACUUCUCCAUGCUGCUGGUGGGAAAGGACGGCAACGUCAAGUCGUGGUACCCGAGCCCCAUGUGGUCCAUGGCCAACAUCUACGACCUGGUGGACUCCAUGCAGCUCCGCAGGCAGGAGAUGGCCAUCCAGCAGUCACUGGGCAUGCGCUGCCCCGAAGACGAGUAUGGGGGCUACGGAUACCAUCACAAUGGCUACGACGGUUACCAGGAUGCUUAUCACCAGGGAUACGGUUACUAAAGGGGUCGGGGAGAGGGUGUCAAUAGUCUAUCAGCAAUGAUAUGGUUACUAAGGAGUAUGUUGCCUAAUCUCAUAGAUGCUUCUUGAUGGCACUUUGUAGAUUUGAAUGGAUCAGAUGGGUGUAAGCAAGCCCUCUGGUAGUCUAGAUGGGAUUUUCACCAUGUUGCUUGAAUCAGAUCUACAAGUUAGCAGUAAGUAUCUAGGGCUAGAGGAAAGGGAUUUAAUUAAAAUUGGGCAUGUGUGUGUGAGGGGCAUGUGUAUAAACUUUGUCUCGCCUCCUUAUUAGUGGAUUGUGUUUUCAGGAAGUUUAUGCACAGGGUUAAAGGGUAAGGGGUUAGCUCUGUACUUCCUGGUUUUGUACUAGAAGGAAAUAAAGGAUUCGAUAGCGAUGUCAUCAAUCUCAAUCUUUCUUUAUAUCAGUCUUGUUCUUGUGUAUUAAGAAUUACAAUUGAAAACUUUUCAACAUUUCACGUUUUCGAUCAGUCGACUUCAAUUCCAUUCCUGACCAAAUGUUAAUUUUGACCUUAUUGUAGAUACAAACGUAAAGAUAAGUAAACAUUUUUGUAUUUAUUGGAUUUUGUAUUUGAGGCGGUUUUAUUUGAGGCUAUCAAUAUCAGAGCUAUAACUGUCUGUUUCUAAGAUGAAUUUUCAUCUCGUUUGUAAAGUUUCCUGUUGCUACACAUUGUUCUUAUUUAUACUCUGUGGUGCUUUAUGACAAAUAAAACUUUGUUUACUAUCAA